AUGAGGACUUCUUUCGAUAAUGAGGUUCAACUAAUCAGUGCUAUGCCGUGGAUGACCUGGAUUUAUUCUUUUGAAACGGACAAUGUGAGGUGGUACCCGAUAUAUGUUGCGACGAUGUUCCCAACUGCUAAUCCAUGCCAAAGGGAAUGGAUUAUCCGCAUUCCGGAUCGUUAUGUAUCAAACGGAGCAGUAGCUCGGAAGACAAUGGAACUCGGAGAAAUGAAUCUUGAAGUGGAGCUGGAAGAUGAAGACCAGGAAUGUAUACAUCACUAA